CCAAGGGGGAAGGACAGGAAGACUAUGUGUACCUUAAAUUCCCAACAGGGCCGCCUGAGGAAAAGCCAGAGGAGGAAGCUGGCUCUCCAAAGCCAUGCCCAAGCUCUUCACCUCUGUCUGACCAGGCCUCUCUCCCUUCAGAUGUGGGGCCUCUGCCCAGGAUUCCUCUCUGUCAGCUCCACAGCCUCCUCAGCAAGGCCAGGCGGAGAGGGCGCUGGGGAACACCCCGUGACGUGCUUUCUGGCGCGUGUCCUGGCACAGCCCACUUCCAUGCGGCCCCUGAGUGAAGUUUUGGGUGCCAGUGGCCCCCCAACUCUGCAGUUAGGUCUUGGGUCACCUGGCAUCCAGAAUGGAGCAUCCACUGUCCCAGGUCACCCGGUUGUCAGUGCAGAUGGCGGAGACCCCGAUCUGGGUGGGGCUGAGGCUGGCCUGCAGCGCUGGCCGAGGGAAGCUCUGCUGGCUCCGGGCUCUGAGACUUUCUCCAUCUGGGUGGGGUUUUAGCUCCUAUUUAAAGUUAUGAACGUUGCUACUCUUUGGGAGGGAGUGUCCCUGAAGGGCCAGCGUGUCUAGAGGAAGGCCCUGGAAGCUCUGAACAGCACAGUGCAACGUCACUUCUCCUGUCUCCACACUGAGCUGCGUCUGACAUAGGUUGGUUUGAAUUUUUUCUGGGUCACACGGCCAAACCAUACGCUGCUUAAAAUACAGUGUGUGGUUUUGGUGACUCGCAGCCAAUUCCUCUUUUCCUAAGAAGCUGUGGGUUUCUGUGCCUGACUGUUCUCAGUGAGCACAGAGCAACUGAAGGGAGAGCAAGACGGAGGGAGCCUCGCUCCUGAGGAGCUCCGGUUCACAUCCCCGAGGGGCGCCAGGAGCCUCGACCCAGCUUUAUGACAGCCACUGGUGACCCAGUCUAAUUCUAUUGAGGCUGCAUAGCCACAGAAAGGAGUGACCACUGGCGCCCAACAUCAUGGAGGCCUCUCAUAUGCAUCACACGAGGGAGAGGGCUGGGCCUGAAGGUGCCACACGAUGCCAUCAUGUGUCAGUCUGGAAGGUGGAGGGACUCCAGCUGCACCUACCUUCUGUGGAAACUGAGGUCUAAGUGACAGCAGUCAUGAAGCGCGUCUGGCAUGUGCUGGGAGGGUGGGGGCAGCUGGGCCUGCACUCCGGGAGUCUGAGCUGGCCGGGUGUGCAGGCACAGCCCCACUAUCUCUUGCCCUCUCCCCAUCUUGCUUGUCCCUUUUGGUGGGGGCGGGAAGGUGAGGGUGGAGCAAGGGGAGCGAGACUGCCGAGGCCAAUGAGCAGCCCAGGAUACAAUGAAGCCAGGAGGUUGUAUGGCAAGGAUGGAAUUGUGGAUGCUUCAGGAAAAAUGCCCCCAUGUUUCUGUUUUACUGUCUUCACUCAAAAAAGGAAAAGUCAAGGAGCGAGGUGGCCCCGCUGGGCAGACAUGGGAGUCACCACAUCUGGCAGGGCGUGCCUCAGGCUGUCCGGGGGAGCUCAGCCCUGCCACCUUGGCGUACAUGGUCCAGGGCCACCAGGAUCCAAGGGAGUAAGCACCCAGGCAGGAUACAGGGAGGAAGGCAUGGUGCUCACAGAACUGGGGACAGAGUUGAAGAAACCUGGUACUCCUCACCAGUCAGGCCUCAGCAGGACUGGACCCAGCGGAGCUUCAGCUAUCACUGGGAGGACCCCAUGCUACAGGGCCCGGGAAGGAGGAUGGAGGUGGGCCCGCCUGGGUCUCCACGGCAUGUGCACAAGCAAAUUCCACCGUGUCCUCAAGGAACUCUAAGCAAAAGCACGAGAGCCAACACUGGUGGAAACACCACCGGAGCAGGACUUGGCAAACCCAGCUGUCAGCACCAGGCACUACCCCCAGAGGGCUCUCAAGUGGCCUUUCUUUCCUUCUAUGUCCCAGCCCUGGAAGUGGGUGCUCCGGUGCCCGCUGCACAGCCAAGACAGAGUCCCAUGCAUCAAGCAAGGUGACCCUCCACAAUAAGCUGCAGUGAAGACAGAACACGGAGGUCCCACACGGGGAAGGCAGGAAGAUACCGCAGCAGCGGCUCUCAGCCGCCUGAGCAAGCUCGCCCUGGGGAGAAGCUCAUGUAUGGCAAGAAGCUGCCUGAGGCCCCUCCUAGGGGGCCAGAGCACCCUCCAGGAGGCUCAGGGCCAAUGCAGACACUACCCUUCCCUUGUUCAUCAGGCUGGGAACCGGGGCCUGGACAAAUCAGAGCAGAGCUGACUGCCAUGAACCAGGAUGGCACGUGGCAGUGACAUCCACAGGCCACAACGCCGCCCACAUGGCACUGUCCACAAGGCACUGAUCAGAUGCAGAGGUUGGACGUCUGGACUGCAAAUCUGUCUCCUGGCCUGCGGUCAGUGUGCGGAAGCCUUCUUGCCAUUUUGCCUGUUGAGAUGAUCAUUGCAAAUAGCUUCCUCCCAGUCUGGUCGUGAGUCUUAAUUUGCACACCACUUGGGUCCUUAAGCACUGGCAGAUGGAAAAUAUCACAGUCCACUGCCAGCUUUCCAUUUGAAGAGCCACACAUACACCCAGGGAAUGGUGAGCCAUGUGGCCCCUGCAGGCCCGUGGGAUGAAAGCUGGCCAAUGGGGGUGCCACCAGGGCGCCCAAACACUGCAGCACAUAGAAGUCAAGCCCACACUGUGCAGAGGAGCAGGGGUACUCCUCUGGCUCGUGGGCUGUCCCCACCCCAGCCUAAAAUGAACAAGGUAGCUGAGGCGGGAGAGUGUCCGGCAGACAGAGGCAGGUCCGGCCCAGGAGCUCAGACCUGCAAGGCCCAUCAACAGAGCAAGGGGCCUUUCCCUGGGCUCCAGUUCUGGUUAUGAUGGGCUUUGCUACAUAAUGAAAGUCAGUUCAAAAAGAAAAAAGACUCUUGUGCACAGCCAGAGUAGAUGGCCACACAGGGCCCAGCCAGUCCCUCUGUGCUCCCCAGCACUCGGGAGCCCCCAGGCAUCUCACAGAAGCCCAAACAGAUAUGCUCCAGAGCAAGUCACUCUGAUUUGCAAAUUAUUUCUAAAUAUAAGUGUUCAAGUAUGACACCCAAUGCUCCUGUUCAGAGAUAAUCAGAGAUAGAAACUGAAAGAUAAGUUUCAAAAUACCUAUAAGAAAGGAGUACUAUAAUGGAAACCGUUUUAAAAAUGUCACAUUUUUAAAAAAUCACAAAAGAACCUCUUCUAAUAAGAAACACAAAAAUUAAAAUUUAAAACUAGGAGGAUGGUUUUAGUAGCCAAUUAGCCACAGAUAGAGAGAAAUACCAUGGCCUGAAAGACAGGCCUAAGGAAAGUCCUUGGUCAAAGUCCACCGCAUUUGGUCCGAAAAGGGGAGAGGAAGGAAGAGGAGAUAUCUGAAGACAUGACAAAGUCACUAGGCCACCAACAUGAGAAGCCCAGUGAGUCCCUGGCAGGAUAAACAGUCGUUCUACAAUUCUGACCCCAGAGGAGCCAUCAAUUGUUUAGACUGGCAACUCUACAAGGCCGUGGAGGCAGAAGGCACUCAGCCUGGACAGAGCCGAGCUGCAGGAGGGACUGCAGAGCAGGGGCAGUGGGGUGGGCGGUCCUGACACUGACCAGGAAACAGGUGCACGGCGGGUUGAGAGGGGACUGGUUACAACUCAGGACACGGCACACUGUGGACCUCACACUGUCCCAGAGAGGGCAACACCGAGUACAGUCUGAGUUUGGUUCAAAGAUCCUGACGGCUCCCAUCCAGUCAACUGGACAUUAUACAGCUGCCAGACCCAUGAGACAGACAAGUGUGUGUGUACAGAAGGGUAUCAGUGACACUAGUGGGAAGCCAAUGACAGAUCUAUGUAUGCAAAGAUCCUCUGACUUGAGAACAGAACGUGGACGCAGUGAACACCUCCACACACACAGCAAACUCUUCUGCUACUUGGCCAUGGGGGAGAAAGAGGCUGUUCACAUCCACUCAACCCGCGAGCCGUGUCUGUGCUGUGCUGCAAUCUGGGCACCUGCUAGCCUGGGCCCACGGCAGGAUAUGCUUAGACACACAGGAACGCACCCGCUCAAGUGUGGUCGAGUCCACCCAGACAAGCCAACCGUCCUCAGAGAAAACAAACCUGGCUGGGUCACGCUGGCCCAUUACACUUCCAAUUUUAUUGUUCUCAAUUUCCUUUCAGUGAACAGCAAUGCUAUCUCCCAGCCUCAUCUGCUAUUUAGUUAAAAUUUAAAAGGAGAGAGAAGACAUAUGUAUGGAAACCAAAUAAUCUCAGUGACUAAAGAUGGGCUCAUGGAGGUUAUUUAAAGCCCGAACACCAGGAAUUUACAGCUUGCUGUAAUAAAGCCACUCCUGGUGAAAGGGCAGAGGCUGGCAAUCCCCAGGUAGACAGCAUCCAAAACAUGCCACCCCUUUGGUCCCCAGUGUGUGUGUUGAGUGGUAAGAGGCCCAUAAUGGGGGGUAGGAAUUGGCUAGGAUUUCUCUGGAUUUCUCAGAAUUUCUCAGGGGCCCAAAGCCAGACUCUUAAGUGCCAAGGCCUGUCCUGCCUCUGAGCAAUGCACAUUCUGGGCCGUUCCCUGGACAUGCGGAGCCAGGACCAAAUAAGCAGGAGCACUGGGCCACUCAAAAUUGGCACUCCUCAAACUCUACUCCCCAGAAGCCACUGACUGAGCGCCCCUCUGGGGAGACAGCCACUUCUGCCAAGAGUCGGCUCACAGGGGCACAUGCUGAGUCACUCAUCCCAGGAGAAUGCGACCACACUCAAAGAAGCCUUUUAGCCUACAAGUGAUGAGGUUCUCUGGGCAGGGGCGAGGGUGGCAGAAGGAGUGCUCAGAAAGAUGGGGGCGGGGUCCUCGCUCCCCACCUUCGCACCACAGCACUGGCCCUGGCUCUGUGGGCUCCAUGAAGGACGCUUGCUAGAGCCCCCAAUCCUGCACCCACUUACCCCAAACUCCUUCCUUCUGAGCAAGCUGGCCUCCCUGGCGGGCUGGAGGCAGGCGCUCUCUGGGAACGCUGUCCCCUCAGAAAGUGCUCACCCCUCACAGGCCAACCCCAUGACUGUCCGGCAUGUGCUUCUAUUACAGGUCCAACAGCUGCGCCCAAAAUGGACUCCCACAACAUGUCCUGGAUUCGGUACCCAAGCCAUGUGUCCCCAGCCGUGGAAGAUGUCAUUGCUGCACAAAGUGUCAUCUCCAGGUGCAUGCAUGUGUAUGUUGCUCUGCUUAUACCGCUGAGCUUGGUGACAGGGCUCUUCAACCUGAUCACUUUCAUUCGGAACCAUGGAAAGCUGGUGGCCCUGGACAUGCUGCUCUCAGGCCUCACGGUCACAAGUAUCCUGGUGACACUGCUGUCACUCAAUGCUGCCAGCAGGCCUGACUACAUACUCACAACCAACCUGCUCUGUGGGGUCCUCUCCUUCUUCUCCAAUAUGUGCUAUUUCAAUGCCCAGUACCUGCAGGCGGCCAUGCUUGUCCUGUUUCUAUUGCCGGGUUUCUCGAGCUACCUGCUCACAGGGGCCCAGGGCACCUGGAGGCCUCUGGCAGGCCUGGCUGCCAUUUGGGGCUGCGCUGUCUGCAGCUCUCUGGUUGUGGUAUCCCUACUGGGUACAUCCAGAGAGCUGCACCAAACCACCCUGUGCCAGGCGGACCCCCUGACGGCCUGGCCUGAGUAUGAAAUUGUUAAGUUCAGCCUGGGCUUUGGGCUCGCCCUCGUUCUCAAGCUGGUUCUCCUCCUCCUGCUCUCUGCUAAACCGGCCUGGCGGACAGCUCUCACCCGGAGGGACACCGCCUCUGCACGCUGGGUGGUACUGGCCAUCACUCUGAACAUGUUUGCCUGCCGACUCUUCUCCAGCACAGUGCUCCUCCAACGGGCCAGGCGGAAGAUGCAGAGGGACAUAGGAUCCCCGCGGGAUGAGCUGCUCAUGAAUCUGGCAGAACUGGUCCUGUCUGGGGAGAGCUGUGUGAACUCCCUGUUUACCCUCGUCUUCCACAAGCCCUGCAAGCUCAUGCUGCUGGACGCCCUAGGGCGCCUCACACAGAGGUGCAGAAGAGGAGGCACCAACAACAGCGUCUCCUAGAACAGGACAGGGGCUGGGUCUGAUCCUGCCUUCUGGCAUGAGCCACAGGGAAAGCAGCAGGGCCUUCUUGAUGUUUAAAAUACCCGUUUGCUGAAACAGGCCCUCCUGGGAAGAGCCAGUGGGGAUGACACAAGUGUUGUGAGAGUGCUUACUAAAAAUGAGCAUUCUGGCAUUCAACUCUAUCUAUGCAGAGGCACCAUGGUUUCUUGACCCGCGCCAACAAUCACAACUCAAGGGACCCUGCACAUCAAGGACACAGUGACGUGAGCGCGGAGAUUGGCCACAGACGCAUCUCCAUCUGGCUGAAGUGCUCUGUGAUGGGGACUAAGCAAUGUUUGUCUACUGGUUGGCAAAUUUUUUUUUAAUCUUUAUUUUUAUUUUUUAUGUGGUGCUGAGGAUGGAACCCAGUGCCUCAUGCAUGCUAGGCGAGCACCCUACCACUGAGCCACAACCCCAGCUGGUUGGCAUCUUUCUCUACCCCAACCAAAAGACAAAACGUGAAUCUUAAAAAUAAAAGUAUUUUUCAAAUAACUUUACAGUCAUAUUAUGAUCAGGUCUGAACCGUUGCUGUGGUCAGCUUUCAACACUGCCAGGAAGUCUGAGCAACAGAAAAUCUUGCCAAGAACAAAAAAGGUUACUUUUAAAACUGCCAUCACCGUGGAAGCUCUGGGAGUAUCCCCUCAAGCUGAAACACCAGGACAUCUGCUUUACAUCAUGAUGUUGAGCUGUCCUGCUCCAUGGAACCUAAGGGGACUGGCUGCCUAGGUCCAGCGGGUCUGGUAGGCCAGCGGAGAGCCCCAGGUUUCCAAGGCCCCACGGGUUCCACCUGCUGUCUGUACGGGGACUGGUAACCCACGAAAUACAGAAACACAGAUGUUUGUCUUACUUCAGGUUGACAUCCUUCAUUCUUACUGGAAUUCUCUCUGGUUUUAUGAAAUCUAUACCUUCUAUUUUAAUGAAUAAUUUAAUGUUAGUCUGUGAACCAAAGAACGAAAGCAGGUCUGUGGUUUUUUUCUCAGUGUUUACAUAUCUGCAUCAUUUCUUUAGAAGAAAAAGGAUUUGUAUCUUAUGCAGCUGAGUAGCUUCUGGGACACAAUAUUAAAAUUUCUCAGUGCUUUAAGUCUUCCCGUCUAUUUCUCCUCCUUUGUUCCCUUGUUUACACUCCUGAUACCCUUAAUGUGGCCUGGGUACCAGAGUGAGGUCAGCUUACAGCCUGUUCACGGGGGUUACAAGCAAAACUGGAAGCAGGAGGGAAGAGCAUUCUUUCCCACUUGGGACGAAGAGGCAAGGAGAAAGGACCAGAGCUCAAUGUACUCUUCCCAUAGUCCACUCCCUCCCUCCCCCCAGUACUGGGGAUGGAACUCAGGAGCAGUCUACCACUGAACCACAUCCUCAUUUUUUAGUUUGAGACAGGGUCUUACCAAGUUGCUGAGGCUGGCCUCCAACUUGUGAUCCACCUGCCUCAGCCUCCCAAGUUACUAGGAUUAUAGGCAUGUGCCACCAUGCCUGGCUCUUUGUUUAUUUCACGCUGGACACUGAGUUCUCCUUGUUGAAUGUUUGAAUCUUGUCUUUCUCUAAAGGGUACUGAAGUUUAUUUUGGUACGCAGUUUAUUACUGGCAGAUGAUCAGGAUUCUUUUGAGAGUUAUUUCCUAGUUUUGUCAAUCAGGACCACAGGAGUCUUCAGUGCAAAUUUAGCCUGAAUGCUAAGGUGUGCCCUUCUUUGGGUCUCUACUGACUACGGUACACUGCUAUGUUUAAGUGUGUCCCUGAGGAUGCAUGUGUUGGAGACUCAGUCCCCAAUGUAGGAUACUGGGGGGUGAGACCUUUGAGGGUUAGAAAGUUGUUACAGCCCCUUACUGGUCUCUCUGGCUUCCUGACUUGCCAUGUGAUCUCCCCUCCCUUGCACACAUUCCCACCAUGAUGCCAUCCACUGUGAUGUGACUGGUCAAGGGGAAUCACCAGAGGCUUAGUCAAUGGUGGGGUCUGACUUUGGAAUUUCAGCCUCCAAAACUGAGCUAAAUUAAUCUCUUUUCUUCAUAAAGUAUUCAACCUCAGGUGUUUCAUUAUAGCAAUGGAAAAUGGACUAGCACAUAAAUGGCCCUGUACUCUGGCUAGAGAAAAUGAGAAUAUCAAUCAUCCCUCUGGAAGCUCUGGAGUUCUCUGGCUUGAUGAGCUUCGGCUGUUAGACUGGCCUUCAGAGUCUACUCUAUGCACACACGACUCAGCCAUAGUCCAGCAGACUACCAUUCAUAAUCGGGAGAUCUUCUCUCCAUGAGACGCCCUCCUCUUCUAGUACUGUAUCCUGCAAUUCCUGCUCCCUCAGCCUCCAGAAAGUUAGUCUCUGUCCCCUUAACUUAGCCAGUACAUCCUGCUCUGCUUGGAUCCCCAACCUGUGCCCCUGACCACAGGCUGCCUCAGAUAGGAAGCCGGAUAAGCAUGGAGCCUGGGCUGGCUGGGGUCUAAGCUGCACUGCCUGCUGUCCCAUGUCUGAAAAAGGCUGCUUCUAUAAUUUACCCAGUUGACAGUGGCUCAUGCCAGGUUCCUUCACCUUACUCGUGAUCAGAGUAGAAACUCUUAAGGUAAUUUACAAAUAAAUGUCCUGCAACAAUAGAUGGCAACAGCUUGUUGGUUUAGAACCAGUUGAGAUGAUUAAAAGCUCCCAUGUGCUCAAGUGUCCUGGAGAAACAGCUGAUCCCAGGAAUAAGGCAAGAGAGACACAGGACAAGCCCGGAGCUCCCAGCAACAACACCAACUUCCUAAGCAUUUCAGCCAAGGGAGUAAUUUUAGAAACCCAACUGCAAAAAUGUGCAUUGGUAGUUCUCAAACAGUAGAAUCCUACUCUUAAAAAAAUAAAAAAAGAAAGAAAGAAAGAAAAGAAAAGAAAAAGAAACCACUUAUAAGGGGGCCAAACUUUGAAACAUUUAAAGAGGUUCUACUUUCAUGGAGGGGCAGGCGGGCCAAGAGUUGAAGCAGCAAGGGACCCUGGACCACACCAAGGGCCUAUCCACAGGGAACCACAGGACCCAAGGACCCAGGUAGGCCCUAGAGAGACAGGUUGGUCUGCUGGGACUCUGGCCUUCUGACACAGCACUUGGCCACUUGCCCCUCAUCCCAUAACUGUCUGGACGUAUUCUGAGAACAAAGAGCUUUCCAUGUCCAAGGCCAAGAGAAAGACCUAGAGCCAACAGAAAAUCAAGAAAGCAUCUCAGAGUGUGAUUCUAGCAGUGAAGGUAUACUCUCAUCCAAAGCGAGGUGCAUGAAAUCUUGAUUGCAUAGUAGAAAAUCAUGGGUUUUGGGAGAAGCUGCUGUGGCACCUAGGCUUCUCGGGGCUCUCUGAGGAACAGAGCUGAGUGGUUGCAGGAGGUGAGGUGGAGUAAGUACCCAGCUCACCACCCACUCUUUCUAGAAUCUGCCCCACAAGCUUGUUCCCUGCAGGUUGACAGUCCUCUCACAGUAGGACACAGGGGACAUCAUCUGUCUGCACUUCUGUGAGCUACAUGCAGUCCUGGUUGCCAUAACUCUCAAAGAAUUAGAGGAAGUGCCCAGUACACUCCCAGUAGCCAUGCAGAGGAGCACAGCUGUCCAGAAUGCUGGCACUGUGUCGCCGUCUGGACUGCCCCCUGCUCCAGGGCUGAGGGCAGAUGGCGUGUGCAGGGCUUGAGCAGCGUCAACUCUGAGCACUGUAAAUCCCGUCUCAAGCUGGGAAAGGCUGAAAGAUAGACUGCCACUCUUGACUUUCUCUAGGAAACAGCCUAUGGUAAAAACAGUGUGCCACAGCAUGCAUCCAGGAUCUCACAGCCACAUACACCAAACUGGGCCAGGACCAGGGCACCAAGACUGUCUAGGGGUAGGUGCACCCCUAAGCCUGUCUCAGUUUCUAGAUUCCACAGAACAUGCCACAGGUGAAGGUCAGGUCAAUGUCCUGGGUGAGUCUGAAGAAAGGAGGGUAAUUUAUGGGUUUGUGCUACCUCUUGCCAACACCGUCUUCCUGGGAUGAGGAUGAGGCAGGAUGUCGUGGGCAGUCUGAAUUUCCUGAUGGUGAGUAAGUGGCACAGGGUGCAGAAAACUGAACUAGGAGAGCCUACAUCCUGUCUGCCUCUCACUGCAUCAUGGCCUAUGUAAACUCUUGAUCCCUGGGCCCUGGUCUCUUUCUUGGUAAAUGGGGGCCACUAGCACUUGACUGGCUCACUGCUCCCAAAUGUGAUAAGGAUUAAACUUCAGAUGUACUUGUGUCCCACUGAAGUGGGAAGAGUCAUCAGUACCCUGCAAGGGCCUUCCUGCUGCCCGUUUGGGUCCUUAGAGAAAAUGCACGCAUAUUCUUCAUGAGGUAUCUAUCUAGCAGGAAUGGAAACACCCUGGGGUGAAUUUCUCUGACCUCUGUGCUGUUUUCCAGCAUGGAUUAAAAUUCCUCAUUCAAAUGGUUUGAUGUCUCAGCAGGAAACAGAAUCAAGCAAGCAACCCCACAGGCCUUUCUGAAUAAGGUGCUAUCUCCCCAGUUAGUGCUCAAAGAAUAGAAAAGCUAAGCCAGGCUCAGUGGCAAAGGCCUGUAAUCCCAGUGACUCAGGAGGCUGAAGCAGGAGGAUUGCAAGUUCAAGGCCAACCUGGUCCACUUAGCGAGAUCCUGUCUUAAAAUAUAAUCAAAAGCUCUAGGGACAUAGUUCAGUGGUAGAGAGCUUGCUGAGCAUGCAGGGGGCCCUGGGCUGUGUCCCCACACUGCACAACAGAACAAAAAGAAUAGCAAAGCAAUCUUGGGAGGAUUCACCUCGGUCAAAUGACUCCCCACACCUGGGGUUCUGUUUGUGUGUUUUACAGUACUGGAGACUGAACCUAGGGGCACUCUGCUGCUGAACUACAUCCCCAGCCCUUUUUUUAAAAAUUUUAUUUAGAGACAGGGUGUCUCUAAAUAAAUUAUCUUAAUAAUUAUCUCUUAAUAAAUUUCCUAGGCAAGUCUUGAAUUUGUGAUCCCCCCAUCUCAGCCUCUCACAGGCAUGGCCACUGUGCCUGGGGCACACCUGGGUUCCUAAUGAGGUCACUAUCUCUGAAAGACAGCGUCUGGGAAGGUUGGGAGGGCUGGGAGAUGAAUAACUACUGAGGGUGUUUUGGAGAGGCACCCAGCUCCAUAAAUAACCCCACACGCCCCCACCUUAUGAAUGACCCCAAAGGCUUAGGUUCACCCAAAAGCCCAGCACUACAUAGGCCCAAGCACUGCAAGAGAGGAGAACCAGGAGGGGGCCCCGGCAACACUGAAAGUGGGCUUGCUCGGACUGUGCCACUAAGUCUUGCCCAAGGGAUAUCCAUUGUCACAGGAAGGAGCAGGACCCUGGUCACCACGAAGUGUCCAGACUAUUCCACACCUGUUCCCUGUCCAGGCUCCUAUGAGGGCUUCUGAAGUGAGAAACUAUCUUAUUUGACUGGCGUUUGUUCUCUAUGCAUUAGCCAGUAUUAGCUGCUCCCAAAUUUAACUAACUGCCAUCUGACCUUAUUGGAUUCCCUGUUAAGUUCCCUCCAUUCACACUAUCCUAUCCCAGAUGAACAGAAACCGAAAAACCCACAAGAACAUCAACUCCACAAGGCAAGAAGGAGGCGGACAUGGCACACUGGCCUGUCCUCCCUGUGAGGCCACUCACACUACUUCCCUGAGCUCUAUCCGCCAGUAAAUGGAGGCCAGAGCCAGCCCCAGAUACAAAGGAGGGCUCCCUAGACAGCACACGCAGACCACCAUGUGCAGACAGCACCAGGAAGCCUCGUCUAAUGUCAGACUUAAAAAUGACAGCAGCUCUUCAGACUUUCCAGAAACUUCCACAGCUCCAACCCACCCCUCUCCAUGCAAAUGUCAAGUAGGAGCCCUGGGACUGAAAUGCCUGCCCUCUGGGCCCUGUCCCUGCACUAGUUAGUUGGGUGACUGUGCCAGUACUUUAAUGGAGAGGCUGGGCUUCAAGCAAGAUGGCUACGUCACAAUUCAGCUGCCCAUUCUUCCCCUCAAGCAUGAGCUCAGAGCCAGGCCCUUGACCACCUGCAGCAAACCCACUAAAACCUGCAAAGUGGCAGCCUCAGGACUACAAGGAGCCAAAAGCCUCUUACAACUCCAGCAAGUGGCCAAGCCCUGAGCCCUGAGCCAUGGGUUUGCAAGAGCAGGGAGUGGCUAUUUUUAAGUGGCAUGCCUCAGCUAUUUCGAGGUUUAGGUUUUAUUUUAUUUAUUUAAUUCAAGAGGAAGCUGCACUUUCUCAUGACUUGUUUCUUUCAAAAUGGUGUCGUGGGCAUUCUUAAUGUUGAAAUCAUCUUGACUUUGCAGCUGGUCAAAAGAUGGAGAGCCAAUCAGCUCUUUAUUUUAUCAUGCCAUUCAAAUUUUUAAAAGUUAACAUAUUAAGAGUCUGAAUUUCUACAGUUCUUCACCAGAGGAUUAGUAUUUUUCCAUAAAAAUUUUAAGACGGUCCUCUGUUUUAAAAUAUGCAUACAUUUCCCAAGAUAUCUGCAAGAUUUUAAGUCAGCAUCAUACGGAACACCUUGAAGUGCAUUUUCAACAGGCUCUAUAGAGAAGAGAAAGCUCACGGGGCAGCAAGUGGACGGGCCCACAUUCACGGAGGUACAUGGCACUGUCAGGGUCCCACCCGCAAGGGUGCCUGCCUCUCCAAGCCUGUGGCAGCACUGUGGGAGGAGGAUGCGCUGGCUCCCACUUAUCCUCAACCACAGCCAACUUGUUGUUCAGUGCAUAAAAGGUCACUCAGUGUUCAAGCUCACAGCUCCAAAAAAACAUCAAAAGAUAAAAAGACACCAAGAAGGAAGCAUAAAUAAGAUCACUUAAAAUGUAAUUUAUGAGCCAGGGCAGCUCAGGCCUGUGAUACCCAAGAGCCUUGGACAGUGCCUGGCACUGGUCUCUGCUCUGGAGCUGCAUGUCCAAUCUUCUUCCAAAACUGAGGACAAACUCCAACAACAGGAGGUGGGAAGUCAGAGAUGGCAGCCAGACACACAGUCAUUCGGUCAUUAGGACUUUGGGAGCGGGAGUGAUGGUAGGGAAGACCUGAUCAGCCAUCCAUGCCCCAGACAGCUCCCAAGCAGCAGAGGAGAGAAGGGUGGUCAAUGAUUAGAGCAGAAAGCCACCUGUUUUACCGAUUUCUUACCAAAUACCUGCUACUUCUUGUGUUUAAAUUUCUUUCCAUAAAUGUCUUGGUGAAGUCAUAAAUUCUCUAUGUAUUAUUCACAUGCUUACUAUGUUAACUUGUGAAAUUCAGUGUUUAGUUUUAAAGCCAGUAAGCUGCUAAAAGAAGAAAGAAUACUGUUGCUUGUUUCAACAAAUGAUCAUAAUAUCUAUUAUAAUCCCUUCAAACUAAAAAAAAAAAGAGAGAGAGAGAAGGAAAAAAGGGUGUCACUGGGUGAAGAAAACCAGUCACACUGGAAACUUCCAUAAAACCAUGCUUAGUGGGACUGUGCUCAUUGUUAAAGUGUGGGGGGAAAAGGCCAGCAAAAAAAGAGUUAAUGCUGGCCUUCAAGGGAGCGGCCAGAGCCCAGUGAGCAGCCCUGGGAAGCCUAUAAAGCCGGCCCAGUGCCAAGGGGACCAGACUGCGCCUCAGACAGCCACAGGAGCUGGUUCAAGCGCUUCCUGGGGAACCUUCCCGCCAGGCCUCCCUGGAGGGGUCUUCUCUUUUUCUCUCCCACUGAUUCCUUGCAAGUCCAGGAUCCCACCACUGCAGGCAAGUGCCAAGUGCACCUCCAGCAAACCCCCGAGGGAUGCAAGAGAACCCAGGCAGCUCAGCUCAGGGACAACCAUCUCCCCAAGACAACAAAACCUAGAGUUCUGGCCUCUCUCUACUGCUCUGUGACCUACGACAGCUCGGCCCUGUCCUGUCCUGUCUGCCUCUCCUUGGUGUCCAGAUGGUAAGUGUGUACGGCGUCUUCCAGCCAUGAGCCAGCUCCGCCGACCAGAGUGCCAAGCGCCCCACUAGCCACGAGCCAGCUUCUGCUGCAGACCAACUGCACCUGUGCAUUCAACUUUCUACAGCUGUCAAACCCAAAUGUCCGGCUCUCUGCAGAGAGAAUCACCUCUCUCUCUAAAGAUGGAGCCACCGCUGCAAACUGAUUUCUGUGACCCUUCUGACAAAUGCUGAAGACAGCACAGUGGCAACAUGGAUGUGACCUCUCCAGCCCACACCUUUGGCAUGGAGAUUUACCCAGGUACCACACAGUUGGCAGACUCCAACAGCACCUCCCCAGAACUCAACCUGUCUCUUCCACUACAAGGCACUGCCCUGGUGAACCAGACGGGGGACCUCUCUGAGCACCAGCAGUAUGUCAUUGGCCUCUUUCUCUCCUGUCUUUACACUAUCUUCCUCUUUCCCAUUGGUUUUGUGGGGAACAUUCUGAUCCUGGUGGUGAACAUCAGUUUCCGUGAGAAGAUGACGAUCCCCGACCUGUACUUCAUCAACCUGGCGGCCGCAGACCUCAUCCUGGUGGCCGACUCCCUGAUCGAGGUAUUCAACCUGGACGAGCAGUACUAUGACAUUGCCGUGCUCUGCACCUUCAUGUCUCUCUUCCUGCAGAUCAACAUGUACAGCAGUGUCUUCUUCCUCACCUGGAUGAGCUUUGACAGGUACAUCGCACUGGCAAAAGCCAUGCGCUCCAGUCUCUUCCGAACAAAGCACCACGCCAGGCUGAGCUGCGGUCUCAUCUGGAUGGCCUCCGUCUCGGCCACCCUGGUGCCCUUCACAGCCGUCCACCUGCAGCACACAGAGGAGGUCUGCUUCUGCUUUGCAGACGUCAGGGAGGUGCAGUGGCUGGAGGUCACUCUGGGGUUCAUCAUUCCCUUCGCCAUCAUUGGGCUCUGCUACUCCCUCAUCAUCCGCGUCCUUGUCAAAGCCCACAAGCACCGAGGCCUGCGCCCCCGGAGGCAGAAAGCGCUCCGCAUGAUCUUCGCUGUGGUCCUGGUCUUCUUCAUCUGCUGGCUGCCGGAAAACGUCUUCAUCAGCGUCCACCUCCUGCAGCGCACCCAGCCGGGGGCUGCUCCCUGCAAACAGUCCUUCCGCCAUGCCUACCCCCUGACCGGCCACAUCGUCAACCUCGCAGCUUUCUCCAACAGCUGUCUGAACCCCCUCAUCUACAGUUUCCUUGGGGAGACCUUCAGGGACAAACUGAGGCUGUACGUGGAGCAGAAGACAAACCUGCCAGCUCUGAACCGCUUCUGCCACGCUGCCUUGAAGGCAGUCAUUCCGGACAGCACCGAGCAGUCAGAUGUCAAGUUCAGCAGUGCUGUGUGACAGGCCUCCCCAGCAGGGACCCAGCUAUGGCGCUAGUCACAGGGACUGCACACACCCAGGGCAAGGUGGGCCGGAGGCACAGGUCAAGUCACGCUCCCAAACUUCAGUGCCUCACGAGGGUCGCCCCUUCUGGGUUGCUGGGGAACCUCGCUCCAGCCCUUCCUGAUUUCAUCCUGCUCACAGACUUGCACCCAUCCCAGUGCUCACGACCGCAGGUCAUGUGACUCUUACCUCCAAGGGCACCAGAACCAGCUUGUCACUCAGCUUUCUCUACCGUACUAUUUCCCCAGUGGAAAAUGAUUCUGCCAUUGACCAAAAGCCAAAAGGAGGGAGGCCUUCUGGGUGAAGCAUCUUAGUUACAGAUAAAUACGCAGCAUACCUGAAACCUGGGGGGGAAAGGAAGUCUGGAAACAGAAUCUGCUCAACAGACCUAAACUGGAUCUGAUGUCUGAGAUGUGCAACUCACUAUGCACAUGCAAACUAGUCCACCCUGAGUCGAAGGGGAAAGGAAAAAAGUGUCCUGCACACACCUGAGCAUCCUUCCUCUCUAGGAAUGCUGCACUCCUGCCCGCCCCCGGCUCCCGCUCCUAAUACCCGAGAGAGAUGCAUGGAGCUAGAAAGGGUCUCAUUUAAUGAAAUACCUGCUCGGAGAUGUGUUUAGACGUGCAUUUGUUUACAACAGACUUGGCAAUUAUGUGAAUGUGGGAUGAGACCACGAAAACUGCAUGCAGUUAAUGGGAUACACGGAGAAAUACUCUGGCGUGUGUGGUUGAAAAAUCUGCCUCUACAAAAUAAUAGUGGGAACAAUGAUGAUGGCAACUUUAGCAGUUCCCAAUAAAAUAUAUUUAAAAACAAA